AUAAUCUCACAGAACAGCAGAGAUGAAGCUGGUGACGAGCGUCGUUGUGUUGAUGUGUGUUGGAGUCGCACAGACACAUGAUUUCAUGUCACCAACAUUAGACAUCAUUGGUGAACUCCAUAAGAUUAGGACCAUGGAGGAAAAGUUAAAUGCUCUUCAUGAAGAAGUCAGGGAACUAAAGAGCAAGAAUGAAGCAGAAAGGGUGAAAGUGGCUUUUUCAGCCUCACUGCCAGAUUCAGUGGGCCCUUUCCCUGAAGCAACCACUCUUUUGUAUAAAAAUACAUUCAUUAACAUUGGAAAUGCUUAUGACACCAUUACAGGAAUCUUCACUGCACCAGUAAAAGGAGUUUAUUUCUUCAUCUUUGUGGUCUUCAAUGCUGGUGAAGAAGCGACCGGUGUGAGACUGCUAAAAAACGACAAUUUUGUAGUGCUGGCAUCAGAUAACGCGCCCGGACACGACUCGGAAGACACGACCAUCAACUCCGUAAGUCUUCUGUUGGAGCGAGGAGACCGGAUCCAUCUCCAGCUCAUAGAGAAGCGCCGGAUCUACACGGAUAGCUUGAAGAGGAACACCUUCAGCGGACACCUUCUGUUCACUGUCUGAACGUCUGCGGUUUCUCACACUAAACUCCUCGGACAAGUUCGUCAUCGGAUCUUUUUUAAUUCAGUUAUUUAAAAGGUCGAUGGGUCUAAUUAGAAUCUG